AUGGCGUCAGUGCUGUCAGAAGAUUUAGUUGAUAAUUUUUCUGAUGAUUCCCAAUUUUCAAUAGCAUGGGAUGAAUGUUUUAGUGAAAAAAGGGAUAAUACCCUUACCCCUACAAUUAAACAGGAAAAAACCAGGAAUUUAGUUAAUAAUGUAUUUAAUAGACAGUUAUAUGGUCGGUUUGCCAAUAAUCCCAAAGCUAAGACUGAAAGGGUGUUAAAUGAUAUUCAUCCCAAAUGUAGAUUUGCACUAAGCUCAUUAUUAAAUGAUCCAGAAUAUUUCAACCACAUAUAUAUGGGAUUUACAAUGUGUGGACAGUACUUUGUAAGCUACACUGAAAAGAUGUGUGAGGAUUUGGGCCCUCUUAGUUUUAAUACGAAUUAUGAAUAUGAUUUAUAUAUUUGGAGAUUUGUUCCUGGUCAGAAGCUUCAUUUUAUAUCAAAGCAUAAGAUUUUUAAGCACCUUAAAGGCUCAUCUGACGUACUAGAUAAAGUAAUGUUUAUGCAAUUCCCAAGAGAUUUGUAUAAACUUGUGUGUUAUGGACUAACAGCUACAAAUCCAGAUCUAGUUCAUAUAUCAAUAUUAACCUUGCCAGCACCAAAAAAUUGUAGACAUUGCUCCAAGAAUUUCUCACAGACAGAUGAAUCGAUAAAUCAAGGUUGGUGCAUCAAACACGGAUUCAUAGUACAUUACAUGUUUUCCAUGUCCCAGCCAACGCCCAUAUUUGAUCCCAGCAUUUCCUUAGCCUAUCCUAAUCACUUGGUUAUUAAUACUGGUCACCAUAUACAUAUAUUAAACGUUUCAACCUCAGAACCCCCUCAGCUAACUGUUUCAUUACUUAAUUUAACAAAAGACGACGACAAACUCUUAACAAAUACUCCUACACAUACAUUUAACGACACCUUAAGUGAAGUAUCAGAAACCCCUAGUGAACAUUUCGGUACAAGUAGUGUAGUAGAUGCCAUACUAGAAGACUUUAGUGAAUAUGACUUGGAAUCCAACGAAUGUAACAAACCUUUUCACGAACUAAACAUAAGUUGUGAACCUUUGAAUGUUACCGGUAAAAGCUAUCAUAAUACUUUAGUUCAAAAUAUUGUAGAUCCAAGAGUGAAAAGGUUGCAAACCAAUAGUAAAGAGUACUUAUUCUCAGUACCUCAAAGUUCAACUACUCAGAAAUCUUUAGAAAAAUCAAAAAUAGAUAAGAAAAUCGCAGAGAAGGCAUAUGAGUUUAUUGAAGAGAAUGAGAAAUAUGAAAAAAUUAGUUCGUUCAGAAAAAAGCGAUUAGCUGAAAAGAAAUAUGAGUUCUCAGAAGACAAUAGUGAAAAUAUUGUACCAUUUAACUCAUUGCGCCGCGAACGUAGGUAUCUGUACAGAUCGCAGAAUCGUUGUAUAAAAUCGCCGGAUUUCAAUUCCAUUUUCUUGAGUCCUAGAUCUAGUGGCUUAAGAUCUCCCAUGCAAUCACCCAAAUCUAAGAAUGGUCAGUUCUCCCCCAGUGGUGCUCGAAAUCUAUACUGUCCUUCCUUGCGCAAUUCCCCACACCAUUCCAAGUCUCCCAUAAGUCCUAAAGAAUCUGCUAGGAAAUUUUACGUUUAUUCUCCUAGUUUGGACAGUGACUGCUCGGAUUCUGAUUCAAGGCUGAUUAUGAGAACGUCCAGUAAUUUGUCUACCUCAGGUGAUAAUAGGUUUAAUAAUUCAGGACUGUUAAUAGUAGAUCCGAAAUCUGAGACACCCAAAUGGAUAAAGAAAGUUGUCCGGAGAUAUUCAAAUGGUGAUUUUGAAAAUGGAUCUCUGGUGUCAGGACAGAGUAGAGAUGACUAUAAUAUCCCUAUAGAAAUACCUCUGUUGGCGCAAAAUCUCACCGAUCAACAUUUAGAUGUCGUACCAGACUUCAAAGUAGAUCAAGUAAACGAAAUACACCUGAUUGUGACACAGAGAUCUUUUGACUGUGAACAAUUUGUUCAGCGCAGGGCUCAGAAACUUUGUUCCGAAGCACAGCUAGAAUUUAUGCACUGUGAAGAUUACGAUAUUAAAAUUAUACAUAUUUGUCCAAUUAACGGCCAUAUAAUUUGCCGUGCCAUUAUAAAAAUAGGUGCUUUAAAAAAUCCUUAUCCCACUGUCGAGCAUUUUUCAGCCCACUUUCUGUUCACGUGGAGUAUUGAGAGUGACGCAUUUGACGUCAUAGAGAACAAAGAACAGACCAGGCUGGUACCUGCUCACGAGAAGGUUGAUAUUCCAGAAUAUGAUAUUCCUAGGUGUAAAGAAGUUCUUGUUAUGGAUUACUGUUACACUACAUCGAAGACAAAUCUCAGGGACUUUAACAAUUAUUACGAAAUCUGUUUGGGCCCGGCUAAUAUUUCGAUUUUCGUAAUACAAGAAUACUCAAGCUCUAGUGAUAGUGAUUAA